AUGGGCAGUGGUCGUGAUAAGAGAAAGAAGGCCAAGGGCAAAGUGCCUGGCCAUGGCGAUGAGAAGACGGCUCGCAAGACCGAGCUGAAUCAGACAAAAGCAGAGAGACGGACGGCAAGACAAAUAGAGGGAGGGGAGGACGAUCUGGAUGCGCUCCUGAAGCAAUUUGAGCUCAACGACAAAAAGUCAAAGGAGAUCGUUGUGCUUUCCAAUGCCGAACCUCCCUCACCACGCCUCUUCGCUUCCUUCACCCCCGUCCCCAGCGCGGACCGCACAAACAUCCUCAUGUUCGGAGGGGAGUACUAUGAUGGCAAGAAGGACAAGAUGCAUGUCAACAACGACCUCUUCCUGUACCACCCGGACAAGAACACAUGGACCCAAAUCAUGUCUCCCCAUGGGCCUGCACCCAGGAGUGCACACCAGGCAGUGGUGCACAAGCGCUACCUGUACAUCUUUGGAGGAGAGCUGACAUCAGCAAACCAGGAGAAGUUCAAGCACUACAGGGACCUGUGGCGGCUCAACGUGGACACAUAUGCCUGGGAGCAGCUGCCCGCAAGGGGCGGCCCGAAUGCGCGCUCCGGGCAUCGCAUGGCCGUGCACAAAGACCGCAUCGUGCUCUUUGGCGGGUUCCACGACAACGGCAACCAGACGCAGUACUACAACGAUCUGUGGGUUUAUGACACGGAGGAGAUGAGCUGGCGAUCUGUGGGCAAGGCGGGCAGCAAUGGGCCCAGCCCCAGAGGAGGCUCCCAGCUGGCUGUGCAUGCAGACAGGCUGUUCCUAUAUGGCGGGCACACAGUGAUUGUGGACAAGGCUGACAAGAGCGAGCUAGAGCGCGUGCACGACGACCUUUGGGCCCUGGACCUGAAGACCUUCGAGUGGGAGCGCCUGAAGAAGAGCGGCAUGGCGCCCAGCAAGCGCGCCAGCUUCGGCAUGGUGACUCACCGCGAUCGGGCGCUGCUGUUCGGGGGCGUUACCGACCGCGCGGGGGCAGGCGAUAAGAUGUACUCCGAGCUGCACAACGAGCUCUACCAGCUCGAUCUGACCUCGGAGCGGUGGCGGCCUGUGGCCAUGAAACUCCCCAAAGCUCCCAAGGUCUACUUGGCACAAUAUCUGGCAAAGGGCGGCAUAGACAAGAAUUCUGCCAUCUACAGAGCAGCCACACGCAUCCAAUCGCGGUAUAGGGGCUACGCAGUUCGAAAGGCAUACAAGACAUACAAGCUGGGAGGGAACAUCAGCGAGCUGCUCUACUCGCCUGCCACCUAUGGGAUUGACCUGUCCCACAAGGAUGUACCCCGCCCACGGGCGCGCGCAAAUCCCAUGAUGGCUGUCGUGGGCAACACGCUGUGGAUGCUGGGAGGCGUUGUGGAGGUAGCGCACACGGAUGUGACAUUGGAUGACAUGUGGAGCUUGGACCUCACAAAGCUGAACGGCUGGCGCUGCAUAAAGGAGAACACAGAGGGCGAGGAGGCAUUUGUGGAAGAAGGCUGGGAGACAGACGAAGGGGACAAAGACAGCGAGCAAGAGGAAACAAAUGGUGAGGACGAAGAUGACGAGUCAGAGGAUUGA